AUUUUUCACCUCUUUCUCUCCCCUUCACCUUCUUCUUCGCUCCAACACUCAUCGUCUUGUCCAAUUGACCACCAUGAAGGAUACCGCCGACAGUACCGCAAUCAAUAAAACCCUGACCGCUCUGGACAACUAUGUGCUCCUGGGCAAAUCCGGACUCCGCGUCAGUCCACUCUCGCUCGGCACAAUGACCUUUGGCGAAGAAUGGGGCUUUGGCAACAACAAGGAGACCUGCAAGCAGAUCUUUGACAUGUAUCAUGAGAAGGGAGGCAACUUUUACGACACCGCCAACAUCUACACCAAUGGCGACUCGGAAAGGUUUCUGGGGGAGUACAUGGCCGACAAACGAAGCGAAUGCGUGAUCGCUACAAAGUACUCGAUUAAUCCAUCCGCGACUGAAGCGCUCGCUGGAAGAUUUAGCCGACCCAACCCCAACGCCGGCGGCAAUCACCGCAAGAAUCUGGUCGAGAGUCUCGAUGGCAGUUUGAAGCGCCUUGGCACAGGAUACGUCGAUAUUCUUUAUGUCCAUCUUUGGGAGUACAGAACCCCGAUAAAAGAAGUCAUGCGUGCACUCGACGAUGUUGUUCGUGCCGGAAAGGCGCUUUAUGUCGCCGUUAGCGAUACUCCCAGCUGGGUUGUCUCAUCUGCUAACACCAUGGCGGACCUUCGAGGCCUGUCGCCCUUCAUUGGAUUCCAGACCCGCUACAAUUUACUGAACCGAUCUCUUGAGUCCGAUAUCCAGCCUAUGUGUGCCGAUCACGGUAUCGGCAUCGUGCCAUGGUCUGUUCUCGCCGAAGGCUUCCUUUCCGGAAAGCACUCCCGCGACCAAAAGGCCUCGGACAGCAAGCGUAAGGGACAAGUCAGCGCCCAUUUCAAGGACGACAAGAACUGGAGAAUCCUGGACGAAGUCAAGGCGAUUGCACAGGAAUGCAACAGAACCCCUGCUCAGGUUGCGGUCAACUGGACUUUGCAAAAGCCUGGCAUCACGUCACCUCUGAUCGGAGUUCGCACGCUGAAACAAUUGGAGGAUAACCUGGGCGCGCUGGAAUUCACAUUGACUGAGUCGCAGAUGGCCAGAUUGGAUCUGGUUAGCAACCCCAAGGAGUGGCCCUUCCCUCACGAUGUGGCUAGGAACUUGGAGAAGUUCACAGGUUUAGGAGUAAGCAUCGAAAUGCCGAAGCAGUUCCAUGCCCUACAGAAACUUCGCACUAGCAAAAUUUGAGUGGAUAAACACAUUGUUACAAAAUCUACCGCAUACGGAAAGAGACCCUUUUGAAAUGCAGAAAGUUAUCGCAUGCGCCCGGUUUUGUUACGAGUGGUAAUCCAAGGGCAUGGCGGCAUUGGUGUGAUGGUAUAUACGUAUGGAGGCGAUUAUUUUACUUUUACACAAACGCGCACCCCUGCUUCAUAUCCAUGGCUCCAAUUAAUCCAAGUGGAAUUGACUAAAAGUUCACAAGAAGGAUGGUGGUCGCUCAGGCGUAACGACAGCAGCAAUAUAUUUGACGCAGCAGCUUACGCCAUGCCUGUGAUGCUUGCCAUGCUAGUGAUGCUUAUGCUUGUGCUGUCGCAAGAUCUAGUUAUCACACCC